AUGGCUGGGCAGAUGGCUGAAUUAGAUGCUCGGAGGACCGAGGUCAUGGGAAGAGCAGCCAGAAUUAUACAGAGAAAAUUCCGUUCCUACCUGCUCCUCAAAGCUGCAAUAAAUAUUCAGGCUGUGUGCAGAGGUCAACUUGCUCGACAUAGAUUUGAGGACUUGCGCAGAAAGGAAGCGGCUGCUUUGAAGAUCCAGAAAGCUUUGCGGAUCUACCUUGAUAGGCGGUCUUACAUAGAAGCCGUGGUUACAGUUCAGUCAAGUUUGCGUGGUAUGGCUGCUCGCAAUGUACUACGAAGGAAGAUCAAGGCCACACUUGUUAUUCAGAUCCAUUGCCGUAGAUUCCUGGCCGAGUCCCACUACAAGAAGCUGAAGAAAGCAGCGAUUACUACACAGAGUGCAUGGAGAGCAAGAUUAGCCCGUAAAGAACUGCGAGAGCUUAGAAUGGCUGCAAAGGAAACUGGAGCCCUACAAGCUGCGAAGAGUAAGCUUGAGAAGCAAGUGGAAGAUCUCACGCUGAGACUGCAGCUAGAGAAACGCAUGAGGGUGGACGUGGAAGAAAGUAAAACACAAGAAAAUGCCAAACUACAAUUAGCAUUGAAGGAAAUACAACUCCAGUUUAAGGAAGCCAAAGUUUCUCUCUUAAAGGAAGUGAAAGCUGCGAAAAGAACUGCAGAAAUUGUUCCGGUAGUAAAAGAGGUUCCUAUUGUUGACACCGAGCUAGUGGAGAAACUCAAGAGUGAAAAUGAAAACCUCAAGUCCAUGGUAAGUUCGCUGGAGCUAAAGAUUGAUGAAACAGAAAAAAAAUUAGAGGAGAAGCUGAAGCAGACUUUAGAAGCUGAAGACAAAAUUGUUAAUUUGAAGACCGCCAUGCACAAACUCCAAGAGACGCUAGAGGAUGUGAUAAACGAGAAUCAAGUUUUGAAGCAAUCUGUCUUAAGCACACCUGUUAAGUCAGCAUCAGGACGUUUCUCUUCUACUCCAGUAAAGGGAACUAUGUUUACAACCCCAGCAAGGAUACAAGAAUCCAAGGGUUCCCAUAUUGACCCUCAACAUGAGGAUGUGGAAGCCCUAAUCAGCUGCGUCACAAAAAAUGUUGGAUUUAGUCAGGGGAAGCCUGUAGCGGCAUUUACCAUCUACAAAUGCCUUCUUCAUUGGAAAUCCUUUGAAGCAGAAAAAACCAAUGUAUUUGAUCGUCUUGUUCAAGUGAUUGGUUCUGCUAUUAAGAAUGAAGACGACAACGCUAAUUUGGCAUAUUGGUUAUCCAACACUUCGACAUUAUUGUUCAUGCUACAACAAAGUCUCAGAUCUGGUGGAACCGGAGCCACUCCACUUCGAAAGUCACCUUCCUUGGUCCGAUGGAUGACCAAGGGUUUCCGUUCUCCAGCGGCUGAAGCGAUUCGACCAGUUGAUGCCAAGGAUCCAGCUUUGCAUUUCAAGCAGCAGCUUGCAGCAUAUGUUGAAAAGAUUAUUGGGAUUAUGUGGGACAAACUGAAAAAGGAGUUGAACACUUCCCUUACUCUCUGCAUCCAGGCACCAAAAACGUUCAAGGGAACUGCGUUAAUGUCUGAUAGCACUGCUAAAUACUGGCAAGGGAUUAUUGAAGGACUAGAUGCACUGCUGAGCACAUUUAAAGAGAACUUUGUUCCUCUGGUUCUUAUCCAGAAGAUAUUUUCUCAGGCUUUCUCACUCAUUAAUGUCCAAUUGUGGAACAGCGUUAUGACGCGACCAGAUAACUGUUCAUUUAUCAAUGGAGAAUAUGUAAAAUCUGGUUUAGAAAAGUUAGAGAUCUGGUGCUUGAAAACAAAUGAAGAGUAUGCUGGCUCAUGCUGGGAUGAACUCAAACAUAUCAGACAGGCUGUUGGAUUCUUGCUCAUUCAUAAUAAGUUCAAAAUCUCAUACAAUGAGAUGGCAAAUGAUUUGUGUCCAAAUCUUAGAAUACAGCAGCAUUUCAGAUUAUGUACUUUGUACAAGGAUGAAAUCUACUACACAAAAAGUGUUUCGCAAGAGGUCAUAGAGAACAUGGCAGGAGUUAUGACAGACAGCAGCGAUUUCUUGUUGAAAGAUGAUUCUAGCAACAGCAUAUCUUUCUUGAUCGAUGACUUAUCGAGUUCAAUGCAAGAUAAGGACUUUGCACAAGUGAAACCUGCUGAGGAACUUGUGGAGAACCCAGCUUUCAGUUUCUUGCAGUAGUGUAACUCAGAGAAACCAAUACAAGAACACCAUUCAAUAAACAGGAGGAAGAAUCUCUCAGAUGAAAUCACCGAGUUUUUUAUUUGUGUCUCAUUGGAUCUCCCCCUCUCUCUCUCUAAAUAUCACAGAGAUAUUGUUUUGCUGGGAAGAGUACAAAGACGUUCGGUUAUUAUUUAUGGGUCACUUCUACUUGGUGGAAACAAGGAAACCAUAAACAAAGGAACUUAUGGUAUUAGUUUGUACAAAAGAAAAUAUUUAAUAUAAAAGAAAAUAUGUCAUUAGUAUUACAAAAUCUGUUAUAGAUUUGAUGACAAGUAUUUACUAUUUAGCUGUGUUUAUUGUAGUUUUCUCUGUUGAAUAAAUUGAAUAAAAGAAUGUUG